CCUGUCUCCCCCCAGCCUCAGGACGGGUACCGCAUGGUGCAGCAGUUCCAGUUCCUCGGCUGGCCGAUGUACCGCGACACGCCCGUAAACAAGCGCUCCUUUCUGAAGCUCGUCCACCAGGUGGACAAGUGGCAGGACGAGUACGACGGGGGGGAAGGGAGGACCGUGGUGCACUGCCUAAAUGGCGGUGGUCGUAGUGGAGUGUUUUGCAGCGUCAGCAUCGUGUGUGAAAUGUUACGUCAGCAGCGCUGCGUCGAUAACUUUCACGCCGUAAAAACUCUGAGAAACAACAAACCAAACAUGGUGGACCUGCUGGAACAGUAUAAGUUCUGCUAUGAAGUCGCUCUGGAGUAUCUGAACUCUGCUUGAACCCAACGAGAGGAGAGGAGACAAGGAGUCAAGGAGAGGAGGAAGGAGAGGAGGUUUACUACUGACUGCAGGAGGAGGAAGAGGAGGAGGAGGAGGAAGAGGAGUUUUUGCACUGCCUUGUUUGAACUCACCGUGUCAUUUCUUUUACAUUUUUUGUCGUCUUGAUGAACCAAAACAUCUCCGCUUUUUCACUCCGAGUGGAGCGUCCUGUCAGCGAACACACAGGAUCUUUGUGAACUCACCUCAACCUGUUUCACCGCUGCUUUAAUAAAGGACUUCCUGUUUACAUUUCUCAACGCACAGCGACACGUGGAGCUGCUGGAAUAUUUCAAACAAUGUUUUUAAUUGUACGUGAUGCUUAAAGUUCAUGAAGUUCAUGAAGUUUUCUCCAAACACCAAAGAAAGGGUAAAAAAGAAACGAGAAAUAUUUCAAAUUAUUAAAGAAAAUAAUUAGGAAUAAAAUGUUUCCUCGUCACGAAAAAAAUAUUUAGUAAUAACGGAAAAUUAUGUAUAAUUAGGGGAAAAUAUUACUUGAUACUAGAAAAAUAAAUAAUAAGAAAAUAAAGAAUAAAAAAAUAAAUAUAUACACAUUUUGAAUUUCUUUUUUUCUUCUCGUAAUCACGAAAAAAACUGUUUACAUGAUUACGGAAAAAGAAAAAGACUAUUAAGAUAUACACCUUAAUUUUUAAAAUGAUGCCCAAAUUUAAGGUAGUAUUGAGAACAAUAUAUUUGAUGCGAGAGGGAUUUAAAAAAACAAGGAAAGGUUUCAGAAUUACAGAAAUAAUCCCGAAACUAGUUUUUAUACUUAUGAAAAACAUUUUUAAUAAUAAUAAGAAAAACAUUUGAUGGGAAAGAAACAUGUUUAUUAUAUGAACUAUAUAAUUACAAAUAACUGUUUUUUGAGAAUUUUGCAGAAAAACUCAUUUAAAGUCACUUUUCAUGAAUCUGGGAAUAUGUGUCGCUGUGUUUAAAACAUGUUAUGGUCCUUUAACGAGCACUAAUGUUAUAUAAUGAGUUAAAAACACUUAAAAAUGAAC